AAGUGCUGGGAUUACAGGCGUGAGCCACAGCACCCAACCGGCAUAUUUCAGUUUGUUAUUUGACUCCCCUAGUGAAAUGUAAGCUUCACGAGGACAGGGAUUCUGUCUUAGAACAGUGCCUGGAAUACAAGACACUCAAUAAGUGGGUGUCGCAUGAAUAAAUGUCCCAUGCUGAGGCUCAGGUACGUUAUGAUGCUCAUUUUACAAAAGAGAAAACUAGGACACACAAAGAUUAAGUCAUUGGGUCGCACACCUUGUGAGUGCCGAGUCCUCAGCACACGCCCAGUAACAGCAUUAUUAUGAUUACUUGCCGCUUACUCAGGCCGUGAGCUAAGUGCUCAACUGAGUCAUCUCGCUCAAUUGAGUCAUCUCGCUCAAUUUAGCAAUAACCCCGAGCCGGCACCGUCGCGAACCCCACUUUCCAGAGGAGGAAGCCAGCGCCAGACGUUGCCCUGCAAGGCCGGGGCUGGGUCGGGGUUCGAACCCGGACGCCUGACAGGCCCUCCGCUCUCCCCGAGGCGUUACCGUGGUGGACCCCGCUUCCUCCCCACGGGACCCGGCGCUCACCCCCGGGCCGGGGUCGGGGUCGUGAGCCCACAGCUCCGCCACCAUCUCCGUGUGAAGAAACUCGAACAGCACAGUAUCCGCCAUGAGCCCUCCUCGCGCGCCUAAAGAUGCGCCCAGCGCUUCCCGCUCUCAUUGGCCAGGCUUGGUAAGCCACGCCUCUCAAGUCACGGCGCGAGCCCUCCUACUCCCGCUUCCACUGGUGUUUUAGACUAGCCCCGCCUCCCCACCUCGGGCUCAUGUGGUGUGCGCGUGAGCCUGGGAUACUGGGGGCGGGCCUACUACGCCUCUGGCCACACGUGACAACAUCUUCAGCCCUUGCUGCCGUCCCUUCCCUAUUUCCGGGUUCUCGAGCAUUCCUAUUGGUCAAAUUACGCGGCUUUUAAAAUCCCUAGUUGUCCACUCCAGACUUUCCUCGUCGCACAACCUGGAAAAGCCGGCCCAGCAGCUUCUCUAUUGGCAGUUCCUCCAUUCAUGUGAUCUUCUGCAUGCUCCCUCAAAGCUGAUGCUGAGAACUUGCAUCCUGAUUGGUAGCCGAGCGAAUCCACGUGACUUGGCUGCUAAUGCCCGCCCAACCCGCUCCCCUAUUGGUCGAGAUCGCAGCCCUUCAGCUGCCACGGUGAGGACUCGGCACUCCGGCUAGGAAGAGGAUCCCGCAGGCUCGGAGCGUCAGCUGCCGGCUCGGCGCCAUGGCGUCCCAGGGUCGUCGGCGGAGGCCCCUGCGGAGGCCGGAGACGGUGGUGCCUGGGGAGGCGACCGAGACGGAUUCCGAGCCCUCUGUGUCCUCGUCGGAGGAGGAGGAGCUGUACCUGGGUCCCUCGGGCCCGACGCGCGGCCGCCCCACGGGGCUGCGGGUGGCUGGGGAGGCCGCAGAGACCGACUCGGACCCGGAGCCAGAGCCGACGGCCGCGCCGAGGGACUUGCCUCCGCUCGUGGUGCAGCGGCAAUUGGCGGAGGAGGCCUGGGGCGCGGAAGAGGCCCCGGCGCCCGCCCCCGCGCGCUCGCUCCUGCAACUUCGGCUGGCGGAGAGCCAGGCGCGGCUGGACCACGACGUGGCGGCCGCGGUGAGCGGUGUUUACCGCCGUGCGGGCCGCGACGUGGCCGCCCUGGCUGGUAGGCUGGCAGCAGCCCAAGCGGCGGGGCUGGCGGCGGCCCACAGCGUGCGACUGGCGCGCGGGGACCUUUGUGCGCUGGCCGAGCGUCUGGACAUCGUGGCUGGCUGCCGCUUGCUGCCGGACAUCCGCGGCGUGCCAGGGACCAAGCCUGAGCAAGACCCGGGGCCGCGGGCCUAGCCAUGAUUCUGCUUCCCAACCUGACUGCAAUUUGGGGGUAGGCCUUGCUGCCUCUGGGACCUGACUCUGUCCCUUGUGUCUCUUAUCACCCCCCCCACCCCCCGCUCCCAUCUUAGUGCCACCCAUGGGGACUAAUCCGGUCCCCUUGGAUAAUGCUUUAUGUUGGAUAUAGUUCAACCCCUGCUGUGGAGACCAGGGCCCCGCUACCCUUAGAUCUGGUUCCUCCACCUAUCCUGACCCUGCCACCUGGUUCUGAGCCUUACCCUGAGGCUUAGCUCCAACCUUUGAUAAAUAGUUGCUCCUUAAUCUGUUUCCACCCUGGGGGCUCAUCAUGUCAUAUUUUGUCUUCUGCCUUUCUUUUCACGCUCUCUCUCUUUUUUUUUUUUUUUUUUUUGAGACAGGGUGUCUGUCUGUCACCCACGCUAGAGUGCAGUGGCAGGAUUAUCACUCACUGCAGCCUCGACCUCCUGGGCUCAAGUGAUCCUCCCAGCUCAGCCUUCCAGAGUAGCGGGGACUGCAGACCUACGCCACCAUGCCCAGUUGCCCGGUUAAUUUUUUUUUGUGACAGUUUGAAGAGGGGAGAAGGUCUCAUUGUGUUGCCCAGGCUGGUCUCAAACUUCCGGGCUCAAGCGAUUCUCCUACCCAGACGUCCCAAAGUGCUGGGGUUACAGGUGUGAGCUACCACACCCGGCUGUGCUCUUUCUGAGUUUGUUUCUGCUUAUGGUGGAGGGCUUGUUGCCGCUCUUCCCACAGGAACCCAGGAUGUGGCACAGCUUCCCUGCCAUCUUUCUUCACUCAGUUGGCUCCGCCUCCCAUCCUAGCUCCACCUCCAGAACUGCCCCCACCCUGGGCUGGGUCCUUGUUUUGUUUUUAGAGACAGGGUCUCACUCUGUCGCCCAGGCUGGAGUGCAGUGGCGUGAUCUCGGCUCACUGCCACCUCCACCUCAAGAGUUCAAGUGAUUCUCCUGUGUCAGCCUCCCGAGUAGCUAGGAUUACAGGCAUGCACCACCAUGCCUGGCUAAUUUUUAUAUUUUUAGUAGAGAUGAGGUUUCAGCAUGUUGGCCAGGCUGGUGUCGAACUCUUGGCUUCAGGUGAUCCACCUGCCUCACCUCCCAAGGUGCUGGGAUUACAGGCGUGGGCCACUGCACCCGGCCAGCUGGGUCCUUGUUCUGCUGCCCAGGCUUGGCCUUGGUUCCGUGGGUUGGUUCUACUUUUCGUUCUCCCAUCUUCUGCCUCCUGCCUCCUGCCUCCUCCUUGAGCUUAGCCCGGCCCUCUCAGCCUGAUUUCUGUUUCCCAAGUCCAGCUGUGCCAUGGGAUAGGUGGGAUAGGUUUUGCUUCCUUUUGCUGUCUCCAUCGUGCUUACACCUCCCUGAUCCUGCGCUCUGGGGACUCCCCAUGGUUUCCUUCCUUCGGCAGGCCCAAAAUGAUGGCCCCUCCUAACCUAAGGCAGGGGAUCUUCCUCCCAACUCUGGACCAAGGUGGCAUUUCCUGCACGUCCCUCCAGGCCGAGAUGAUGCUCGCUGUCAACUCUCUAAGCCAAAGUGGCAUCUCCUCCUGACUCUCCAGACCUAAAGUGACACCCUUCAGGUACUUCGGGCCCAAUUCAGCCUUGCCCUGGUGCUUUGGGCUCCAGAUGACAGCACUUUGCAGAUAAGAACGAUAUGACGUGUGGAUUUCACUACAUUUGGCUCCUGGAUGCUAUAAAAGGACUUGGAUUUCUGAUUUGGCUCAGGGACUGGGGUUAGCAGCCUCUUUCUGCUCCUUCUCCCCUGCGCUUUCUUCUGAUCCCAGCUCUGGUCCCUCAACUGUAUUCAUAUUUACUCUCCCCUCCCAACCUGAUACCCCUGUCCCUCAUCCCAACCCAAAGCCAAGAUCUUAGCCCCCAAGAUGGAGAAUGGGGAGGAGCUUUCUAUGGCAGACUGAUUAAAACUCUUAAGCAUU